AAAUUUAAACCCGCCCGCGUGCAGCUUCGAAUCUCCGUCUCCUCCGGCAUUCACUGCCCGAUGGCGGUAGGUUCCACUUCCACCUCCAAAGGCGCCUCCUUUUUCGACCCCCUUUUGGGUUCUUGAUUGCUUUCUAGGACCAGUUUGAACUGUUUCCCCUCCUUCCCGUGCGUGCCGCAGGUUUCGUCGAUCCCACCGGGCGAGCUCCGCGGUGGCUGAUUGGAGAUGGGGACUAUGGUUGGAGGGUGUGUUGGCCCAAGUGAACUUCACUUGAGGAAGGAACUUACUGCUCUGCAGAAGGCGCGCUUCUUGCAGGAUCCUGAGACUUGCUCAACAUGGAGAUCACCUUUGAGUUCUAGGUCAUUGGUGGCAGCUUCAAGGAUUACACACAACGGUGGGAUUUCUAGUAGCAGUUUAGCACCAAAGCACAUUGAGUCACCUCCUGCACCUCCAAAAAGUGAUAAAAAACAAAGAAAGGUUUAUCUGUACAAUUGGAGGCAGAAUUCUAACAAGUCGAGUGAAGGUGGAAUAAAGUUAGAUGAAGAUGGUAGGCAACCAUCUGGUGAGUUCAGCCUGGACAGUCCAUGUAAUUCUAAUGGGGUGAACUCCAAACGUGAUGCAUGUCUGGAUGCUCCAGACAACAUUUACAAUGUUCAGAGUUCAACAUCAUGUACACCUGUCAAAAGAAUAGCUAGAAGGAGAAAGGGUAUUUUGUCCAAAAAAGGAGCAGUCAGAAACCCCGCUGUUUCGAAGUUGUUAGAUCUUCAGGUUAACUCCUGUGAGCAAUCUGAGGAUACUGAGAACUGCAAGAGUCAGGAACUAUUUCAAGGUGGUUACUUUUCUCAUCCUACAUCUCCUCUAUUUGCCGCAUGUGGAUGUGUCAGCUCUGCAAAUCCCUCGAAACUACUGAAAAUGGGUAGAAGAGAGGGUUCUUCAUUUUCUUGCACACCUGUUUCUACUAGCUCCUAUUACAGGCAUGGAAGAAGGAACACUAACACUUUUGGUUCUUGGGAUGCAAGGACCGCUACUUCUUUAGAUGGUGAUGAGUCUAAUCAAUCAGCAUUGCUGGGGAGUCAAAGGUCUAAUCUCCCUUGUUAUUCAUCAAAAAGGAGGAAAUAUAGAGGAUCUGAAGGAAGCAAUUAUUCUCCUUCACUAUCUGCUAUACUUCGAAGAAAAGGUAGCAGCCUAAUAUGUGGGACUCAUACAUUGCAUAAGAAGAAGAGAUCAUUUGGUUCGAUGAAAUGGGCACACUCAAAAAAAUCUGCUCGAGGAAUGCCACUUUUGGGUACUAGCUGUGAUUUUGGUUCUUCAUCCUUUGAUUCAUCAAGUGAUGAACUCUCAACCAAUAUAGGGGAGCUUGAUAUGGAAUCUUCAAGCCGGUUGGAUGGAAAGAGAUGGUCAAGCUGUAAAAGUCAGGAUAGGAUCAAUCUAUCUGCUCAAGGUGCAGACCUGGCAGCAGCAGACCAGAGAAGCUUGACCCAAAAAUACAGACCAAAGGCAUUCAGAGAAAUUGUUGGUCAAAAUAUUGCAGCACAAUCACUUAGUAAUGCAGUCAUGAUGGAAAGGAUAGCUCCUGCCUAUCUUUUUCAAGGUCCUCGUGGAACAGGGAAAACAUCCACUGCAAGGAUAUUUUCAGCAGCACUAAGUUGCCUUGCUACUGUAGAUACCAAACCAUGUGGGAUAUGUAAGGAGUGCACAGAAUUUUUCAGUGGAAAUGGUACCAAUCUAAUUGAAGUUGAUGCAAGUAACAGAAAGAGUGUAAGUAGAAUUAAGCACUUACUAGACAACAUACUGCCAUCUGGAUCUUCGUCCCAUUAUAAGGUGUUUGUUGUAGAUGAAUGCCACAUGGUAUCUUCCAGUGUGUGGUCAGCAUUUAUGAAGUUUCUUGAUGAGCCAUUACCUCGCGUUGUAUUUAUAUUCAUAACGAUUGACCCUGACAACCUGCCUCGAGCUGUAACAUCACGUUGCCAAAAGUAUGUGUUCUCCAGGAUCAAAGAUAUUGACACUGUGUGCCGGUUGAGGAAAAUCUGUAUAAAGGAAAACCUUGAUGUUGAAUUAGCAGCUUUAGAUUUAAUAGCUCUGAAUUCAGAUGGUUCGCUAAGAGAUGCAGAAACAAUGCUGGAUCAGCUGAGUUUGCUGGGGAAAAAGAUAACACCUUCACUUGUUAAUGAUCUGGUUGGGGUUGUCUCAGAAGAGAAAUUGCUCGAUCUUUUGGAGAUAGCUAUGUCAUCUGACAGCGCCGAGACAGUCAAAAGGUCCAGAGAGUUGAUGGAUUCUGGUGUUGAUCCAAUGGCAUUAAUGUCUCAAUUAGCUGGGCUUAUCAUGGAUAUCAUUGCUGGCACCUACAAAUUGGCUGAUUCUAGUUGUUGCAAUGGCUCAGUGGUUGGUGGUCGAAGUUUAAUGGAUGCAGAGUUGGAAAGGUUACAACAAGCAUUGAAGAUUCUUUCUGAUGCUGAAAAGCAGAUAAGGGUUUCAAGUGAGCGUCCCACAUGGUUUACAGCGGCUCUACUACAACUUGGAUGUGGUCAUAGCUCAGAUAUGAACCAACCAAAAAGCAGUACAAGAGAACACACUAAAGCAGCCACUGAUGCUAUGUCUGAAGCAGCAAGAGAAUCAUCUUCCAGCAGGACUGUUUCUCAUUCAUUACCUGCCUUUGGGAUUUCAAAGAAAACACUUGAACACAAACCAGUUAGUGUGCACUCGAGUCCUCAGGUCCUUGCCUCACAUUCAUCUAGGUCAAGAUUGAAUGACAACUUGAUUUAUAGAGAGUGUAUGUCUGUUGACAGAGUCCCAUUCGAUUCUAAUCAACUGAACGGCAACAGUUCAAAGCAUUGGGCCGUGGUGAAUGAAAACUCAGACAACCUUGGCCAGAUUUGGAUAAGAUGUAUUGAAAAUUGCCACUCCAAGACACUACAACAGCUACUUCUUGACCACGGGAAGCUAGUAUCAAUCAAGCAAUUUGAAGGCCAUGCAAUUGCAUUUAUAGCAUUUGAGGACUGUGAGAUAAAGUCUCGAGCUCAAAGAUUUUUGAGCAGUAUCACAAAUUCAAUUGAGACAGUACUGGAAUGCAACGUGGAAGUCAAAAUGGGCCCACAAGCUGAAUUGAUUGAUGGAGAACUAACAUCAGAAGCUGGACCUAAAGUAAGAAGAGUCGAAUCUGAUGUAUUGGUUUGCUCACCAAACAGUGACCGAUUAAAGGGUAUUGUGAACUCCUCAAGGAGAAGUUUUGAUCAUCCAGAUGAAGGAAACAAAGAAUCGGAGAAGUACAAAAAUACCCCAUGUGCUGAUGAAAGGAUGCAUUCGAUUUCAGUUACUUUAAAUUCAGGAAUACCUAAGGUCAGAGGAUUGGAAGUUCCGACUCAGGCGUCAAAGGAAUCAAUAAAUGGUGAGCAACGGUUGGAGAGUGCGUGGCUCCAGGUUUCUGAAAAGCACACUCCAGAUCUGGUGAAUGAAGCAAAACACAGACAUCAGGCUCUGUCUCAAGUUGUUGAGAGCCAAUACCAAAGGAAGUCGUCCAUGUCCCUAGGUUUUCCCUCAAGCCUUGCAGAUGAGAAUCUCGCGCAUGAGAUACAAGCUCUGAAGAUAGUUGACAGUUAUGGUUCUCGGAAGCACCAAAGUGGAAGAAGUGAAAAUGGAUUUUCCAUUUCACCAAGCAAGCUGCACAGAAAGGAUGACAUGGCUGAUUGUGACAAAGAGAGCGUUUGCUCUGAGCCUGGGAGACCUGGUUGCCGUGGCCUUUUCCCUUGUUGGAAAGCUAAAAAACCAAAAAGAACGAAGGCAAAGAAGCAGGUUCGGGUAAAAUCUUCUUGAUCUGGCAGAACAGUUUUGCGCGAUGUUUAUUAUGCAGCAAGCCUGGAAACUAAAGGUGCACUUCAAAAUUUCUUGUCUUGCAAAAUGACAGACACACUGUUGUUUUAGAAGAUAAGGACUUUUGAAAUGACCAUAUCCGACAUUCUUCUUCCAGCCUGCUAGUCAUUCAAAUUCUGGUGGCCGCAUAUUUCUGGCCUUUACAGGACGGGAUUUUGGUGCCAUGACUGGCGACUAGUUUAUGACAAUUCAGUGCUGGAGGGCAAUGAGAUAUAUUACUCCAACAUUCAGCUGCAAGUGGUGGAAUCUUUACGUUGUAUUCAUAUGCGGCCCUAUAAAGUUAUUCUGUGCUUCUUGAGUUAAUCGAGAGGGAAAAAAGGAAAGGAAAUGCAUCCUGUACAUACAUCUGGAUUGUAACUUUUUUAUUACAUUCAGAACAAUAUCUGAUGAGGAACACCUCGAGUGAAAAAACUGAUCAAUAUAGGUUUUUCUUUUCAAAAUUUGUCUGUUCUUAUGUAGCGAAGAUCCUGUGUUUGUCAUAAUUGCAUGGUUCCUUCUGUUGAUGC